AUGAUCACACGAGGAAGAGGGGCUGGAACCCGGCAGCGCUCAAAGACCAAGAUCCAGCGGUUGGGGGCGCUGCUACCUGCAGUCAAUAGACCCACACUUGCCAUCCCACACUACUCAGAGGGAUGCGGGACAGACCCCACAGAGGGUGUAGACAAAAAGAGUGCUGCUCAGGCAUUCAAGGAAUGGUGGAGAAGUCAACCCUCAACAGAUCUAUAUGUUUUCUCAGAUGGAUCAGAACGGAACCUUGACAACAGCAGGCAGGUGGGCUAUGGCUUCAUAGUCUAUCAGGGAAAUAAACAGCUGGCCAGCUUCUCAGCUGCGCUGAGCCCUAUGUCACAUGUCUUCGACGCUGAGGCAGUUGGUGCCUGCCGGGCAUUGGAGUGCGCCGUGAAGCUCCUACCUUGUGUCACAGAGGACAGCAGCAACCCUCAGAUCUGGCUCUGCCUCGACAACACCUCAGUCAUCUGGGGCAUACGGGGCAGUGCAGCAGCCUCCUCAAACUGGGCCUACAACCGCUGCCAUGAGCUCCUCAGACAGCACAAUGUCGGCCUGAAAUGGGCUCCUGGGCAUAUGGGGAUAGAGGGCAAUGAGGAAGCAGACCGCUUGGCUAAGCGGGCAGUCUCAUCCACUGCAGCCCCAGCCUAUGGUCUCGAGGCCACACCCACAGUCAGUGGGGUCCGCACAGUGGCCAAGCAGCUCAGCCAAGAGGCAAGGCGAAAGUGGUGGAGUGGAGCCUGUGGCAGGCUCUCUGACUGGUACCGGGGCUGGAGUUUCAGCAGGCCGACUGUGGAAUACCAAGUGAAGGCCCCUCCGGAGCUCACCAUGCCACGGCAUGCCCUUCACCGCUGGCUCGCACUCCGCUCCUCUCAUGGGGACUUCUCCUGGUACCACAGGCGUUUCCAGCAUGCAGAUGCGAGGCUCACCUGUGUCUGUGGACACAACAAGAGCCCAGAACAUUUGGUGCUCUGUCGACACUCACAGAGGCACUUUCUUCACUGGCCCAAGAGGCCAGCAGCACGGCCACACAACCGGGCGACAGCUGUUGCCUAUCUAGGGUCUCUGACCCCUACAGACUUUGUAGAACUGCUGGACUGCACGCAGUUCUACACACGGUACUGCACAAGGUAA